AUAAACUUGGUGUGGAAGGCAAGUUUUAACAAGGUUUGGAAGAAGCAUUCAUGUAAAACUUCAUCAUUGUAGCUAAAACAUUGAAAACCCAUUACAGGGCAUUAAUGGGGAAUUGCCUUACCGUGUCCCUUUCAAAAAGCAAAACUUUAGGCAUUGAAACACUGUUCAAGCUUCCCUCGCCAUUGCCUUCUUGGCCACCAGGUGAAGGAUUCGCAACUGGUGUUAUUGAUCUUGGUGGUGGAUUACAAGUCUCUCAAAUUUCAUCUUUCACCAAAGUUUGGUCCACCAAUGAAGGAGGACCUGGCAAUCUCGGAGCCAGCUUUUUUGAACCGUCUUCUUUACCAGAAGGAUUCCAUAGUCUAGGAUUUUACUGCCAGCCAAACAACACGCCUUUGUUCGGUUGGACACUUGCUGCAAAACAAGACGACCCUUCCACUGAAAUUCUCAAAAGCCCAGUUGAUUACACUCUGGUUUGGAACAGUGAGUCAUUGAAGAUUAAGAAAGAAGGCAAUGGCUACUUCUGGUUGCCAACUCCACCAGAUGGUUACAAAUCAACAGGAUUCGUUGUCACAACCUCGCCACAAAAGCCCUCCGUCCAUAAAAUCCGGUGUGUUCGGUCGGAUUUCACGGACGAAUGCGAAGUUGAUACGUGGAUUUGGGGACCAAGCAAGACGAAUGAUGCAAAUGGGUUCAAUACAUAUGGUCUCAGGCCCAGAAACAGAGGUAAAGAAGCUAGGGGUGUUCGUGUAGGAACAUUCAUAGCCCAGAAUGGUGGAGGAGGAGCUACUACUUUACCUUCUUCAUUAGCUUGUUUGAAGAACACCAAUUCUUCAAUCACAUCUUCCAUGCCUAACAAAAACCAGAUCGACGCAAUCUUUCAAGCUUAUUCACCAUUUUUAUACUUCCAUCCUGAUGAAAAAUACCUUCCAUCCUCUGUAACAUGGUAUUUCACAAAUGGAGCUCUUCUAUACCAGAAAACAGAGGAAAUGGGAUCAAAACCUGAUCCAAUUCCAAUUGAAUCAAAUGGUUCCAAUCUCCCGCAAGGUGGAAAAACCGACGGCACUUAUUGGUUGGAUCUUCCUAUUGAUGAAAAAGAAAAGGAAAGAGUGAAGAAAGGAGAUUUGCAGAGCUCAGAAGUUUAUCUACACGUUAAGCCAAUGCUUGGAGGAACAUUCACUGACAUAGCCAUAUGGUUUUUUUACCCUUUCAAUGGCCCUUCAAAAGCCAAGUUCCCAUUUUUCGAUGUUCCACUGGUCUGUAUAGGACAGCAUAUCGGAGAUUGGGAACACUUAACGCUGAGAGUGAGCAACUUCAACGGCGAGCUAUGGAGGGCUUAUUUCUCUCAACACAGUGGUGGUACAUGGGUUGAUGCUUCUGAGCUCGAAUUCCAUAGUGGGAACAAAUUGGUGGCUUAUGCUUCGUUGAAUGGCCAUGCUUUGUAUCCAAAACCUGGACUGGUUUUGCAUGGAAGAGGUGUGAUUAGGCUACGGAAUGAUACGGAGAAAAGCGAGUUGACGAUGGAUAUGGGAUCGAGAUACUCUGUAGUUGCGGCAGAGUAUUUGGGUUCUGAUAUUAUUAGUGAACCGCCAUGGCUAAACUAUUUCAGAAAAUGGGGUCCGAAGAUUGACUAUCGUAUUGCUGCGGUAUUGAAAAAGCUAGCGAAGUUUUUGCCUUGUUUAGAUCGUCUUCCCAGUGAGAUAUUCGGAGAGGAGGGACCUACAGGUCCUAAACAGAAAGAACCCCAUUGGAGUGAAGACGAACGAUGAACAAUUCUGCAUUAUAGUCAUUGCCGUGUCCUUUUUUUUUUUUUUUUUUUUUUUUUUUUUUUUUUUCAUGUUAGUUCCAAUACGCUUCUGCUUGUGUGUAUGUAUGCAUAUAUUGCCAUUACAUUAAUUUAGUCGACAAAACAAGACUCUCUGCAUUUCCCUCAA